UUAAGAGAUCUUUUUACAAGAUCUUGAAAAUGUUGAAUUUUUACAAAUAAUUUCCUUAUCUCAAAUAGUUAUUCAUGACUUGUGGUUUGUGGAAUGAUUAACUAAUUAUCCCUAGAGUGGGAUGGGUCAGGCUCAUUAUAAAUAUAGUUCAAGGCAUUAACAUGAAACUACUUUAUGACUAAAACAGGCCAUUUAUUGUAAUUUUAAGCAACAGAAUGGAGGUGACUGGUCGUCGAUCACAAAAAAGUAGUGUUAAAUGCAAUACAGACAUUCCGCUACGUGACCAGGAGGUAACUGGGCGUCGAUCAUUAAAAAGUAGUGUUAAGAGUGAUACAGAUAUUAAACUAUGUGAGCUGGAGAUGACUAGGAGUGGAUCACAAACUAGCAGUGUUAAAAGAUAUACAGAUAUCUCACUUUGUCAGAUAUGUGAAUGUGACGGCACGGAAGUUUACGCUCAUUGUUACUGCAAAACAUGUCAUAAACAUUUAUGUACCUCCUGUUUACAGUAUCACCAGUGUCUUCAAAGGAACAAUAGACAUGUCAUUAAAAACAAAGAAAACCAGAUAAGCAACAAAGUUCAUGAUGAAGGAAGCUUCAAGUUUUGCGAUAUACAUGAAACAGAAAUCGUGAAGCUUUAUUGUCAAAGACACAAUUCUGUAGGAUGUGAGCAGUGUAUGAAUCUCUAUCAUAAAAAGUAUCUGGGUUGCAUGGUGCAACCCAUUGCAGACGUGUCCAGAAACUAUGACAAUAGCAGAGAACUUGCCAAGAUCAAAGAGGAGUUGAAUAAUUUAAUGUCUGAAAUUAUUUCUUCCAGGCAUGAAGUACUCUCAUCUUUGAACGAUGCUGAGAAAUUGAAGGAGACCCAGGUUGAUAAAGUUAAAACAUUUCACGCCGAGUUAAAACAGUACAUCAAUGCUUCUGAAGAAGAAAUCCUCCAAAAAGUGGAACAAAUACAUGCCAAUGAUGUCAAAUAUCAAACCGAACUAUGUAACCAAUGUGAAACCAUAGCGACUGAAAUAAACAAAUAUCAAGAACAACUUGAUCAAAGUUCAGUUGAAGCUCACAAUUUAUUUGCUACAGCUAAGCUUGCACAUAAAAAAUUGUGCUCCUUCAGGGAUUCAAUUGAAGAUGUGGUGGUCUCAAAGACAAAGAUAAGUACUUACAAGUUUGUACCCUCCUCUGAUUUACCAACAAUAAAAGAGAAGCUAGGACCUUUGGGAACUUUGGAUAUUGAUAACAAAGACAGUGAAGAAUGUGAUUUCAGUAAGUCAGAACUUGUUGGUAAAGUAAAUGUGCAAAUGGAGGUAGAAGAUGAUUGCUGCAUAACAGGGAUGGUCAUGAUUUCAGGAGAUGAAAUUCUGCUUGCUGAUAAUGCCAACAGUUCUCUGAAAAUCUACAACAUCAAUGAAAAUAUGGUAACCUCCAUGUGUAAAUCGUUUGCGAAACCGUUUGACGUCACCACUAUCACGUUCGAAACUGCUGCUGCGACUUUACCCACAGUUGGUGAAAUAUUGUUCCUGAACACAAAAAAUGGCCUUACGCUAGACAGAACUUUAAGAGUGCGAAAGAACUGCCGAGGAAUUGAUCACAGCAAUGGUUUACUAGCAGUGACCUUCACCUCACCACCAACAGUUCAGGUACUCAAUUUGAAUGGUAAAAUUUUGCACCAAAUUCAAGAUACAGAAACAUUUCAACUCCCUGGUAGUGUUGUCUUCACAAAUGAUAGCACUUGUUUGUUAGUCUCAGAUUUUGGGAAGAAUACAGUCUAUAAGCUGGAAAUAAAUGAUAACCUGACUGUUCAUUCGGAAUUUAAAAAUUUGAACCGACCAAGUGGACUAGUACUGGCCAAGAGCAACACGGCGAUCGUCUGCUGCACAGGAGAUAAUGAGCGCCUUAGUAUGAUUAACAUUAGAGAAAAAGAUGUACAAUUUCUUAAUACGAAUCAUGUACAAAAACCAGUAUCAAUAACAAUCAGCAAAGGACAUGACUACAUGUAUAUCUGUGAAAAUAAAGGAGCCGUAGACAGUAACUACAUAAUAGUAUAUCAUCUUGAAUGAUGAAAUUCACGUAACUUUGAACAAUCUCCCUAAAAUCUGAGACAAAUUUUUUGACAACAAAACAUUGAAAUGUACACACCACCAUGACCAGUAUAUCUCUAAUUUGUCCAAUAACAUAAAAAAGUUUUAAUCAAUUUUUUGUCUGAUAUUUUCAGUAUCAAAUGAAAUAUAUCUAAUAUUAUGACUCAUAAGAAAGUUAAACACAAACUUAUAAUAUCCAAUUUUUUUCCAAAGUAAAGAGGCUCUAAUUCAUUCCAAACAAUUAGGAUGGACAGCAAGUAAAAAUAAAACAUUUGAUUUUCACUUACAUGUAAAUUUCACAGAUAAAAGACAUUAAAUAUUUCAUAUUUUAAAGGUUUGUUUAUUUGUGUGUCUGUAUGUAUGGAUUGGAUUAAAGAAAUUUUUUCCCUAUUUUUCUGCCUUUAUGAAUGAGUCACAUACUUAAGAUGACAACAUUUCUGAAAGAAGUUGUACAGUAUGUAUACUACAUUCCUAAAGAAAAUAGUACAGUGCUAAAUAAAAAUAUCAGUUUCCAUUACCUUGUUUAGAAUUGCACUUAAUAAAAAAUUUAUGUAAUAUGCUGCUCAGUGUGUUUAAGAAUAAUGAAUUAU